AUGUCUUCUUUAGGCAAGAAACAAGUGAUGAAAAUAAUGGUCGCAAGCUGUGGUGGUGAUAUUGAUGAAGCCGACUUGGUAAACAUGUCCAGGUCUGUUGUCUUGUUCUGUCCCAGAAAUAGCUACUACCAGGGCACUCGGUGGAAACGAGAGCUCUUGCACGUGCCUCGUUUGGGGGGCCGGAACAAGGAGCCGGUGCCUCCAGGUGUCUGUCCCGGAGACGGGCUGUGCAAGCUGAAGAUUCCUCGGCCUGGCCAUGAUAAAUCUGCACAUGGACAACUUAUUUUCCAGCUUCGCUUCACUCACCUGCUGCGUACUCGGAAGCUCGAAAAACCGCACACUCAUCAAUUUGAGGUGUCGGCUGCAGUCCGCCCGCACAUGGCCCAUCAACGCUUCUCUGCUACGCGGCUCUGCUAUCUGAACAUCAUUCUAGUCAUUGCUUCGCGGUGUCUGUUGGUGCUUUCAGAGCCCAUCGUCCAAAAGUCGGCCUCGUCGAUCCUUGGCGAUCCAAACCGCCCCGUGCCGGAUUAUGUCAAGCGCUAUGCGCCGCUUGUCUGGUUACACUCGGAGGACCCGUUCCGGCCCGCAGACCUUCUCCAACAUAUCCGUCACACAACGCCCACGGCUAAUCAAAAGCCCAUCUCUGACCUGCCGGAUCUCGACCUGGACAAUCUCGCUCUGCUGAAUAACGUGAGUAGCGGACAGGUGGCCCUGACAUCCAAUGACGAUGUCACAGCUUUGCCUGACUGGCUCUUCGGCCAACUCCCCGAUGAGUCGGGUAGGAUCGUGAACGCUACCCCCUGUGUUGUGAUUCUUGUUGAACAGAGCCCCCGAGACGUGGAUGCUUUCUUUUUCUAUUUCUACUCGUACGACCGAGGCGCGAAUAUUACACAGGUAUUGGAGCCGCUUAACCGCUUAAUAAAGGACACUGAGCACGGCAUGCAUUUUGGAGAUCAUGUCGGGGACUGUCAUUCCAAAAGGGAGCAUAACAUGGUCCGCUUCCGCGAUGGAAAGCCCAACGGCAUCUACUACAGUCAACACUCGGGCGGCGCUGCGUAUGCUUGGGAUCAUGCAGACCUUUCCAUGAAGGACGGGCGGCGCAUACGGCUCACACGCAAACUAUGCAUCAUCCGGGUUGGUGGCACUCCCUCUCCGCGGCCCAAGGCUAUUACCCAUCUCUCUGUAUUGGUGGAUUACUGCGAUGCCGGCCAGCUCUGGGACCCGACCCUCUCGGCAUAUUUCUACCAUCUCGAACCUAGCAAUUUCACUUUAACGCGCCUGUUUCCUUCUGCGCCCGCUCUCCCCGCCACGCCUGAUCUCACCUCGUUCUUCUACUUCACCGGCAUUUGGGGCGAUGCCCAAUAUCCAGAUGACCAUCCUCUCCAAAAGACGGUUCCUUACUUUGGCCUAAAGCGGUUUGUAUCGGGGCCACAGGGCCCGAUUGUGAAGCACCUUGUGCGCAAGGGACUAUUUCCCGACCAACGCGAGAGGAAGCCGUGGCUACAGUGGGCUGUUGGCAUCUUUAUGUCUUGGUACCCUUGCUGUCUACGCGGGUGGAGGAAAUGGGUAUCUGGUACAGCGGUUAUAGGAUUUGUGGUGUUGUUGGCAUUGGGGGUCAGGCACGCGGUCAAGAGUCAUAGAAAGAAAGGUUACAAAAGGAUAGAGUCGGACAUACCCUUGGAAGACUUGAGUGAUAGUCAAAGAUGA